ACAUUCCAACCGACAGAACUUCCAGCUCCAAGUAGACCAGUCUGGGCUCCGCCGCCCACCCGUCAUAUUCUUAUUCGUCAACAACCGAGAAGGCGAUGAAGCAGUACAGGACUCACCGUUAACGGACUGUGAAAGGAAGUCCACGAUUGGUAGCUUUACAGAGUGAGGCGCCGACGUUAGCUUCUGAAUGUGGAGUCCUCUGCUGCCCAGGUGAAAGAGGACAAGAAGGCCGACAGGAUGAAGGAGGAGAACUUGUUCCAUCGGAGGUUGUCCCUGUGUCCCACCCCCACCUCCCCGCCGAAGAUAGACACCCGCGCCUUGACCCGGAACCUGUCCUAUGGGGGGGACAGUGACCUUUACCCUCUGAGUCCAGGAAGUGAGUCAGAGAGGAAUGGCCUAUCAAUGCUGAGUGAUGAACUUAGUCCCGCCCAGUCGCCCAGCAGCAAGUCUGAGUCCAAGAUGUUUAAUGGUCUGGAGAAGGAGUGCUCCUCCCCCACGGAAAAGCUAGCCCGGAAAGAGUCCCUCAAGGUCCAAAAGAAGAAUUACCGACAGGAGAAGAAACGGGCAGCCAAAGAACUGUUCAGCGCUCUGAAGGACCCCAGCGUGGUCAUCAUGUCCGACUGGUUAAAGAUCCGUGGCUCCCUGAAGAGCUGGACCAAGCUAUGGUGUGCCCUGAAGCCCGGGGUCCUCCUCAUCUACAAGACCCCCAAGGCAGACCACUGGGUGGGCACCAUCCUGCUCAACGCAUGCAAGCUGAUCGAGAGGCCUUCCAAGAAGGACGGCUUCUGCUUCAAACUCUACCACCCUCUGGACAAGUCUAUCUGGGCCAUCAAGGGUCCGAGAGGAGAGAAUGUCGGCUCCAUCACCCAGCCUCUGCCCAGUAACUACCUUAUCUUCAGAGCUGCCUCCGAGUCCGAUGUCCUCCACCUGUCCCCAUCCAUCUCCUCUCCAGGCCGGUGUUGGAUGGAUGCUCUCGAGCUGGCCCUCAGCUGCUCCAGCCUGUACAAGCUGACGGCCAAGACAGGAAAGGACUGUGAUGUCAGCACCUCGUCAGAGUGCUCUCACAUCCUCCACCUGCUGCAGUCCACCCCCCUCACAGAUGCAGAGAUACUGCAAAGAGACGACAGGAGUGGAGGAAGGGGACAGUCUGUGCCGGGCAGGAGGGUGGAAACUGCUUGUUAUUGUACCACUAUCUGGGAUCUGUCUGAGCGUUGCAGUUUGUAUAGGAGGUUUAAUGAGGCCCUGUUAGGAAACCACCACAUGGAGAAUGACGGCUCCUCUGACAAAUCAGAGCGUGAAGCUCACGAGGACUGGGACACAGCAGCCAAUGACAACGGAAGGCUGACGGAGGAGAGCGACAUGGACCAAUCAGACGAGCUGUCUCCUGGCCUGCAGGCCACAGCCUACGUGGAGCAGGGCCAGGAGGAGAUGGCCGAGGCCGGAGAGGCGUCCCAGACGGAGACGGUGUCGGAGGAGAACAAGGGUCUGAUGUGGACCCUGCUGAAGCAGCUGCGGCCAGGUAUGGACCUGUCCAAGGUAGUGCUGCCCACCUUCAUCCUGGAGCCCCGCUCCUUCCUCGACAAGCUCUCAGACUACUACUUCCACGCCAGCCUGCUCUCACAGGCUGUGUUGGAGGAGAGCCCGUACGGCAGGAUCAAACAGGUGGUACGCUGGUACCUGUCUGGCUUCUAUAAGAAGCCCAAGGGUCUGAAGAAGCCGUAUAACCCAAUCCUGGGUGAGACGUUUCGUUGCUGCUGGCUCCACCCCCAAACAAAUAGCUGCACCUUUUACAUCGCAGAGCAGGUGUCCCACCACCCUCCCAUCUCUGCCUUCUACAUCUGCAACAAGAAAGAUGGCUUCUCUCUCAGCGGCAGCAUCCUGGCCAAGUCCAAGUUCUACGGGAACUCUUUGUCGGCCAUCUUGGACGGCAAGGCCAGACUGCUUCUGCUGGGUAGAGAGGAGGAGUACGUCAUCACCAUGCCCUACGCACACUGCAAAGGUAUCCUGUACGGCACUAUGAGCCUGGAGCUUGGAGGGAAGAUCACCAUAGAGUGCGAGCAGACCAGAUAUGCAGCCGAGCUCGAGUUCAAGCUCAAGCCCUUCUUAGGAGGAGCCUCCUCAACCAACCAAAUCUCUGGAAAGAUCCACAUGGGGGAGGAGCUACUGGCUACAGUGGAUGGUCAUUGGGACGGCGAGGUGUUCCUGCAGGACAGGCGUUCAGGGCAACAGGAGAUGCUGUGGAACCCAACUCCAGAGGUCCGCAGGACCAGACUCAAGAGACAGGUGGUCCAGGUCGACCAGCAGGGGCCUUUUGAGUCGGAGAGACUGUGGCAGCAUGUUACCAGUGCAAUAGUGGACCGGGACCAGAACCGGGCCACACAGGAGAAGUUUGUCCUGGAGGAGGCUCAGAGGACAGAGGCUCGAGACCGCGGAGACAAGCCCUGGAGCUCCAGACUGUUCUGCCUGGACCCCGACACACAGGAGUGGACCUACAGACACAUGGACACCAGGCCCUGGGACCCGGAGACUUGCCUGGUCCAGUUUGAGAAGGACGGACUGAUCCAGACCCAGGAGAGGAGCCACAGGCGCCACAACGGCCUGUCCUAUACCUGGGCCAGCCAGCAGAAGGCCCAGCUGAAUGGGCAGCACAGGAAGAGCAGCAGUCAGCCGUCCAGCUGCAGCCAGAACACUGAGAGCAGCAGCACCACUCCUGAACCCACACAUGAGUCUUCUGAUAACGAGGGGUUCCUGAAUCAGUGUUCACGGUGCAACAAGGAAGUGAAGGACAUAGCUGGGAUCGAGGCCUCCAUUGCGUCCAUACAGAGCACACAGCAGGACAUGCAGAGGAACCUGGUGGCUCUGAGCCGGCAGCUUUCUCGCCAGCGUGCGUCCGAGGACAGUGUGACGCUCACGGGUCGCCACUGUCUCGUCCUCUGUGUCCUCCUGCUCUCCCAGCUCCUCCUCAACUACGUCUUCACCUGAGCGCGCACACACACACACACACUGACUGUAAUCACAAAGCCUGGGGGGUGGGCAGGGCUGGGGGAUGCACAGAGACAGACAAAGACUGGUCUCCGAUCAGCUUCUAAAGACUGACCCCCUCCUCCCCACCGCCCCCACCCCCCUCUUUCUAUUCACACUUACAACCCCCCCCCCACCACCACCACCACCUCCGAGAAGGGGGAGGAGCCUGGGCGCCAUAGCAAUAACCACAGCCACCACGUCCCUGCUGUGUGUAUGUGGACUGAGACAGCAGAGUACCUGUGCACUUUGGACUGAGCCAGAGCACACUAUCUCGGACCUGUUAGUUUUUAUAUGAACAAGAAGAAUGAACAAGAAGAAUGACGGGGAGUGAUAGGAGUUUCCAUCCCUCCUUUGUACAUGGAUGUGUCCUUUUAUACUCCCCGCAAUACUGUUGAUGUGUGUGUGUGUGUGUGUGUGUGUGUGCUUGUGUGUGUGUGUUGUUUGUAAAAUAGGCCCUAUGGGCACAAGCUAGAUUAACAGCGUUGGUCUCUUCCUGCUCCACUUCCUCCGAAGUGUUUGGGGCGUAACGCUGAAGCCAAACAGAGGAGUCGUGACAAGGAUCGAAAGGCAUCGCAAACAGAGAGAAAUGGAUGAGAGACAAAAAUAUAUAUAAACGAAGCUUCCAUCAGUGCAAUUCUGUGUUUUUGUCUAGAUAUAGACUCUCACACACACGCCGUCUUAUCUUUUAAUGAGGAGGAUUUUACCAAAACAGUAUUUAUAAUCCAUGAGGACAAAAGAGUACUUGUUUACAGGGGUGUGUUUAUAAUGACAUCUAUAAACAAUAUUGAGAAAGAGAGCCAAACAGAAUUGUGUGGGUGACCACCUUCAGGGAGUGGGCUUCUAGCAUGACCCUAGCGUGGGUCACGUGACCCUAGCGUGGGUCACGUGACCCUAGCGUGGGUCACGUGACCCUAGCGUGGGUCACGUGACCCUAGCGUGGGUCACGUGACCCUAGCGUGGGUCACGUGACCCUAGCGUGGGUCACGUGACCCUAGCGUGGGUCACGUGACCCUAGCGUGGGUCACGUGACCCUAGCGUGUACAAUCAGGGAUGAUGGAACAACUGCUGGUGGAGGAGAGGAAAAGGAAGAAGAUAAAAAAAUAAAGAAAUACAAAUGAAGUUCUAAGAUAAAGGGACUGUUGCAGCUGUCCAGUGGGUUGUGUAUUUCAGUCUGCACUUUCCAAGACCUGUUUUAAAUGUAAAACACUUAGUAAUUUGUAAUUUUUUUAUCAAUGUUUAAAUGUAUAUAUAUUCACGUGGAGCACACACACACUGUGUCACCAAAUUCAGAAUGUAUUUAUUGGGUGAUUUACUUUAAUGUUGAUGAUCUGCAGAGGCUGCUGAGUGCGGAGAGCUCCUCCCAGUGUGCGCUCAUCAGGGCAGCAGGUGUGCGUGCUCCUGUGUGAAAAGACCAAACUGACUUUCUGAUUGGUUGUCGGGAGAACGGCCCACUGUUGAACCGCCCAAUGGGAAUAGAGAGAGAGAGCUCACGAGGAAGGCGACUAUUUGAAUGCUUCUAUUCACUUUGUUUUUGUUUUCAACUCUACUGCCAUGUACACAGAUAUUUUUGUCAAAUGAGAAUGAUCUAACCGGGCAUGUGAAUGCUCCAUGUUUGUGUUGGUAUACUGUAGAACUACAGUAAACAUUAACACUU